UCAACUAAUUAGGGUUAGCUAAGCUUACCUCUCUUCUUCAUCAGAAAAAAAGAAGAUAAAAAAGCUUACCUCUCUUCGUCAAUGGUUUCCUAACCCAACUUCCAAAAACACCGCUAGUCUCCAUUAAACCUAUAAUAUAUAUAUAUAUAUAUCGUAUAGAGAUACUCACAGAAAACUUCUUAUUAUAAUCUCAUUUUCAAACCAAUUAUUUUAUUUUUGUUCAGUGUAGUCAUUUCUCGCGUUGAAGAAAGAGGGAGAAGAAGAGGUGAUUAUUCAUAUGAAAAAUUGACAAGGAAGCCCACCUCUCCAGGAAAAAUGAAGUCAUCAAGCCAAGCCAUAUAAAUAUUUUAAAUCAUCUCCUGCAAAUUCCUCGAACUUCAGACUCCGUACACUUGGAAGAACAACCCCAAAUCCUCCUUUCUUUUCUCUGUUUUUGAUAUCAACCGUCAUUUUGCUCCGUGAUUUCAUCUUCUUCGACCUGCAGACUCCAUAGUUGCAAAGCCCAAGCUAGUUAACUAUUCGUACCCACACAUAGCUUCUUCGUUUCAUUUGUUCCUUUCUCUCUCUUCUGUUUUUCCUUAUUGGUUUUACAUAAACGAAAAUUAGCAGAAAAUCCCAGAGAGAGAGAGGAAGAAGAAGAAGAGAGAUACCCAUCGAAGAAUGAGCUUAAAAUCGCGAUAAAAGUAAUUUGAGCCGACCCCAAUAUGCCCAUGGACAGGACGCAACAAUCAGAAUCAGUAAAAUCGCCGUUGGUGCUCUCAAUCGAGUGCCUAAAAGGUUCCUCGAAAGCCGAUGAAUGGACGAGGGAUAUGCUUCAAACCGGGGAUAUAGUGGAGGAGUUACGGAUCGGUACGGGCCCCGGAUCCGCACAGUCAAUUUUGGCCCCUUUCAAGGGCGGUAAGAGCGGGGUUCAAAGGAUUCUACACAGCUCGUACAAGAAGAAGGAGACAUGGAUUCUGGUUCUGGUCAGACGCGGCAGCCACGAGUUCGUGGAGUUGCAGGCGUGCAUCGUGCCGAAUGAAUCGUCGGGGAGGAAGCAAUACAUGCUGCGAUCAAUCGGGGACCCGAACUACGCAAUCGGGUUCUCCGAUCGGAGCGAGGCCGAGUGCCUGGAUUUUCAAGCUUCGAGGACUACGAGGAUGGUCAAUGAACUGUCGAGGAUUAAGCUUCAAGAUGGAUAUGUAGGGUACCCUUGGGAGAAGAGGAUGCAGGAGGUGCUUUCUGUCCCAAAUUCAAGUUUUUUUCUUUCCAUGCUUAUCCUUCCAAAAGCAUCCGAUCAAGUUGUUUCUUGCCCCCGGUACAACGAUUUGGAGGACACUCUUGCUCGUGCAAAUACCUGGCUCAGCGCAUCUCAGGCAACCGGUGUCCCUCUUGUCUUCAUCAAUAUCCAAACCGAAUCCUUACUUACCAAGAUUUCGGGAGAUAUGGCUUCUUCUACAGUAAAUGCCGGUUCAUCUGAUUUGUCAAACCUCAACAACGUAAGCCUAUAUGGUUUUGAAGAUUACCAUGGAGUUGACCUUGGUGUUGUCAGAGCAGUUCGUCUGUGGUAUGCUCCAGUAGGAGGAGAAUUUGCCGUCGAAAUUAGGCUAAAAGAAGAUGAUUUGAAGCUUGGUUUUGCCAUUAGCCGAACUGAAGAGGGAUUCAUCUACAUUUCUUCUGUGGUUGAUAAUGACGAAAAUGCUCCUUCGGCAAGGUCAGGUCUCAGUAAUCUAUAUAAAGAAACCAGGAAAGCAUCAAAGCUCUUGGUGGUGUCGAGAGUUUCAAACCAGAAAGUCCUUCCAUGGAUGAUUUCAUCAGCGGGAGCAAUCAAAUGCUUCGACACUGUUUCGUUAAGCCACAAACUCUCAUUACAUCGUCUCGCCAAUGUGCCAAUUCUUAUUCAUGUAUUCUUAUGGGAUCAAGACUUGGCUUCUUCUCUUUCUCCAUUUGCAGCUAAUUCUAAGUCAAAUAGAAUUUUUUCUGCACCUCCAGUCUCAUCAUUGCCUCCUGAAAUUCAAUUACCGCGUCACCCGAGCGAUAAUCAGGUAUUGCCUCUGCCACCCGAAGAUAAUCAAUAUGAAAGUAUAGCCACCGGGAAUGAACCAGAACUCAGACUAGAGCGUGACACUGCUGGAGAAACUUCUUUCAGAUUUCAUGAUUUUUCACUUCCUAACAAUUGGGUGUAACUAAAAGAUGACCGACAUGAAAACAGAUGACAUUAUUUGUGAAUUUUUUGUUAGUUGUAACUCAGUGAUCUUUGGAUUGUUGUAUAUGUAUAUAUAUAUAUAUAUACACACACAGUAUGUAAAUGACGAAUCUUUUAUGAU